AUGGGACAGGCUGCGGGCACUUUUGGCGGGUUCCUGACGAGACAGCAUGUGAUCCAAGCUGCCACUGUCCUGCUCUUCCUGGCAGCAUACUGCGUGCAGCCCCUCUUGGUAGACAUCAUCAAGCACAAUGGAGGGGCUCACUCGAGCACAUUCUCCAUUCUGCUUCCGCAUUACUAUUCUAUGAUCAUGGUCGGCACGUUGCCCACCAAGCAGAAGCUAUCCGAAUGCGAUUGGCGAAAGGGCAUGCUUGUGUCGUCACUCGACAUUGUGAACCAACUGCUUAAGAAAGCUGGCCUCCUCUACGCUGGAGCUGCGGUGUACAUUGUGGUCGACAGUUCGUCAAUGGUUUGGACUGCAGUCUGGUCUGUGCUACUUCUUCGCCGAAAACUGGAACUAAUUCAGUGGAUCGCGAUUUCGCUGAUCACGCUGGGUAUCUCUUUGAAGGCGUGCCAGCUGAACUUCACUUUCCGCGAUGAGGAAUUUUUCGGCGUCAUCCUCAUUCUGCUCGCGUCGGUCUUGAUGGGCCUGACUUUCGUCCUGAACGAGAAGUUCAUGCGCGGCGAUAAAAAAAUCGAAGGCCCGAACCUCGUGUGCAUGAUGGGGGUGUGCUGCGCUAUCCCCGUCACGCUGUGGACCAUCUUUUGGACUCUCCCGAGGUUCACCGAACUCGUCGUCGAGCCUAUCCUUGAGAAAUCCGGCUCUUACAGGACAGUUGGUCACUGCUUUUUCUGGCUGUUCGUCUCCGGCUGGAUGCAUUCCGGCACCCUGUGGUACCUUAUGACUCACUUCGGAGCCGUCUCGACAGGAAUUCUCAAGGGACUGAAGGUCGCCCUGGUAUUUCUGAUAUCCCACUGGCUCUUCUGUGACAUCCAGCCAAAUCAGUGCCUCAACGUGUGGACGGGGACUUCCGCCCUAAUCUGUGUUGUCGGCGUCGUGCUCUACUCGUUUGCGCCGCUAGCGCUCCCUGCCGCGUCCAAGGAGCCUUCAGGGCCUCUGCUCGCCUCGAAAGCCGAGGUUUCGUCUAUAGUACGUCUUUCGGAGUAG